CACACUACUACUCAUGAGAGCACGAAAGUAAUAAAAGUAAUAAAACGUAUCCACCAAUUUAUAAAGUGAGAAAACACAAACUCAUUGCAAAUAAAAAAAAACAGUGUCUCUACACUGUGUAAUAUUGAGUUAUAUAAAGAGCAGUUUAUUUUAUUUUCUCCACCUCAUUUAUAUCACCUUCCUGCUGAGAUGAGCAUAAAGUUAACUUAGCACUUCUUUAAAACAGUUUCAAUAAAAUCCAAUCAUUAUAACCUUCAUGCAUGACUGUUGUUGGUAUUAGACUGCAUUCAUUUUAGCUGGAGGUACCUGACAAACUGCCAUCUUCAUCAGGUAACGUUUGAGUUUUACUGUAGUUACAUUUUUUCUGUAAAAGCUGCCCACGUGUUGUCAAAUUGAUGGAAUUAAUUUGCAUGGUAUUUUUUUAUUGCAGUACAUUGAGGACCACUAUAAUCUCCAUGUUCUUCUGUCUACCCUUAGUAGAUCUCCGGACUUUGAUUAGUGGUGUAACAUGCAGGCGAACUGCGCCACCAAGCGGACGGAGUCGGUAUCGUCCCGGUUCUUAUUGGAUAACGGAAGAUGACGAGUUUGUGCGGGAAGCUUUGAUCCAUGUGGGUGGUCCAGCCGGAUGAAAAUGAUGCUUCAUUCACAAAUAGCUUGAUACCAAAGAAACACAUGGUGUGGCUUUUGUAAACAUGAGUACUAUAGUCUUCACGACCCGAAACGAGAUUAAAUGCACUUUUAAGAUUUUUUCAGCGCACCCAGUGUCGUGAUGAUUAAAAAGCACACACAUUACAUGCACUACCAUAAGAAUCUACAGGCGAAAUAAGUGCCACAAUGUCUCCAUGAGAACAAGGCAGUUCCCCUCCGAGACCACCCACACACCGGAGGACUGUGCUGGGAGAGGGAGCUGAAGCGGAGGUGGGAGGAGGACGCCAUUGCAGCCGCAGCUGGCCGUCUGUGAUUCGGCACAGAAGUUACCAAACUUCACAGUGUCCAGACGUCUUUCAAGGGGAUUUUCUAGAUUUUUUUUAGCGCGACAACAGACAACUAAGAUGGACUUUUUGUCACCUCAGGGGAGAAAAUGUGGAGCCACGGAGCCGAGCCAAAGCAGUGUCCCACCAUUCCUUCACCUGUCCGGGGGUCCAGUCUCUCACCAUGAACAUCAGUAGGAACUGCACCACGGUGGGGAAUGGCGAGGGUCUGGCUGCCCUGGAGUCAGUCUCCAUCGUGACCAUCACACUCCUUGCCUGCCUGGGGAACCUCUUGGUUGUGGCCACCCUUUAUCGCAGGCCUUAUCUGCUCACGCCCAGCAACAAGUUUGUGUUCAGCUUGACCCUGUCUAACCUGUUGCUAUCCAUGCUGGUGCUGCCGUUCGUGGCCGUGAGCUCGGCAAAGAGGGAGUGGGUGUUUGGGGUGGUGUGGUGUAACUUCACCGCACUGCUCUAUCUGCUCAUCAGCUCUGCUAGCAUGCUCACCCUUGGAGCCAUCGCCAUUGACAGGUACUACGCAGUGCUUUACCCGAUGAUCUACCCCAUGAAGAUCACAGGAAACCGCGCGGUCGUGGUCAUCGCCUAUGUGUGGUUACACUCUCUGGUGGGCUGUUUGCCUCCUCUGUUCGGCUGGUCCUCCUUCGAGUUCGACUGCUUCAAGUGGACCUGUGUCGCAUCUUGGCACAGAGAGCCGAGCUACACGGCCUUCUGGGUCACCUGGUGCAUCCUCCCCCCCUUCCUCAUCAUGCUAGCCUGUUACGGUGUCAUUUUCCGCGUUGCCCGCAUGAAAGCUCGCAAAGUACACUGUGGGACUGUCGUCGUUGCUCAGGACGACUCCUCUGGCGCUCAGAGGAACGGACGCAAGAACUCGAGUACCUCAACUUCCUCUAAUGGAAGCCGGCGGAGCCUUGUGUACGCAGGAAGCCAGUGCAAGGCCUUUGUCACCAUCUUAGUGGUGAUAGGCACCUUCCUCAUGACCUGGGGGCCGUAUGUCGGUGUGGUGUGCACCGAGGCUUUGUGGGGACAGGGGAGUGUUUCUCAGGGGCUGGAGACUCUGGUAGCAUGGCUUUCCUUCUGCAGCGCCGUGUGCCACCCACUUAUCUAUGGUCUGUGGAAUAAAACAGUGAGAAAGGAGCUGCUGGGGAUGUGCUUUGGAGACCGCUACUACAGAGAGUCAUUCGCUACUCGGCAAAGAACGUCCCGACUCUUCAGCAUCUCCAACAGAAUCACAGACUUGGGUAUGUCCCCGCACCUGACUGCCAUGCUCGCGGGUGGAGGGCAUCUGUUGGCCCCUGGGAGCAGCACAGGAGAUACUGGCUUCAGUUUCACUCAGGACUCAUGCACAGACGUGAUGCUGCUGGAUAACUUCUCUACUGACGGCUCCUCGCACCCACAGCAGCACGGGAAUCCGCCCGGGAAGAGGAGGAGCUCGGUCACCUUUGAAGAUCAGGUGGAGCAUUCCAAAGCUGAAAACACCAACACAUCCUCAGUCCAAGUCCACGCAGAGGUGCACAAAUCCCUCGACACGUUUGCCUCCUGCCUGGCGAAGGCUAUAGAGAGUGAUGCUAAGCUCACUCUGUUUGGGGAGGGUCUGGCUCUCCCGGGAGGACUGUUCACAAUGAGGUCAGCACCGAGACCCAGAUACCUGGACGGUCAGAGACUGAGGCUGGAGAGUAUCGAUGAAGGGAUUGUCAAAGACGACAGAGAGGAGGAGGAGCAGGAUGUGGAGGAGAAACCAGCCUGAACACAGGUGAUCCGGUAACUUGUUGGACACGCUUAUACAAUACUCUGUUUAUUAUUAGUGAACUUUAAGGGUUUCGCACCCUUUACACUAUAAUAUGUGACCUUUCAGAGUGGAGCUUGUCCUGCUCUGUGGUACAGAUUAUGAAGUCUCACUACAUAUAGGUACCCCAUACUUGAAGAAACAGGAAGAGGCACAUUAUUCAUUCCACUAUGUUGGACCACACCAAGAGCACACCAUCAGUGUCUUUGUAAGCUUUUUUUUAUGGAUUAAUGUAAUCAAGUAGGAGACCUUAACUACUGUAACCUAAAUGGUGUGAUUGUUGUAGUAAAUUGUAUACUGCUAUAUAUUACUGUUAUUAUACGUCCUCAGAAAUGACACAUGCCUCAUGAGGGCUGGGCAGUAUGAAAGAAUACAGUAAUUUCCAUCUUCUUAAAGGACUCGCAACAUUCAGAUCCAUUUAAAACCUCUUUUUAAUUACAUUAAGAAAACUAUGUUUCAAGCUUAGAUUCUCUGUUGUUCAGGCACAGAUGAAGAGCCAAUUUGUGCUUGUACUGCACAUCAGUGUUGUCAUAUACGCAGGUGUUUCUACUUGGAUAGACCUGUUUACUGGACUGUGAGGGUGUGUACAGACUGGUGCACCUCAUAGUGAGAGAAGAGUCAGUCUUAAUUAUGACUCCAGGUAAUUUCCAGCAUUAUUUAUGCUAAUAAAGAGGACAUUUUAAAAGGAGCAGAUAACAGAGUUGCGAAUCCUUUGGGAGAUAAAAAUAAAUUGUUUUCUUGUUUGGAUUGGGAACAUGGACACAAUAGGUUUGUCUGUUUUUAAAGCUUACUAAACAGUUACCAGAGGGCCUUUUUCUGACACUGACUGUAGAUACAAAGCUUGUUUACACGUGGAAAACUCUGCUCAGCUGUUGUAAUUCUGAUUGUCACAACAUUGCACAGCUAUUUCUUAUUUGUCGCCAUCACUCUGUAUUUUUUAAAUCUCUCUGAAGAAAUUUUACCAAUGAAAACAUCUUUUUACUGAAGCAAAGUAAUUAGAACAGAGCCAUCAUUGUUGUUGUUGUUGUUAGUAACACCUGUGGUUUUCCUACUAUGACACCUCUUAACGUUGGCUGCAUAGUCCUGCAACUAAGGUUUAUUUAAUUUGAUAAAUUUUAUUGUACCAUUGUACCAUUAAUUGUUUUUUCAAAGCCCCAGUAUCGUCCAUUUAUUAUCAAAGCAUCAAAUAUUUACAUCUAAGAAUAACUAUCACAUUUUUGGUAUUCUUGCCCAAAAAAUGACAAGUAAUUAGUUGAUUAUCAAAGUAGCUGAUGAGUAAUUAUCUGUCCAUCGAUUAACUGAUUAAUCGACUAAUCAUUGCAGCACCGUUAAAUUGGCUGUAGGUAUUAUUACGUUGAUCAGAGUUAGUACAGUUAUUCAGUAUGUCUGUGUAUUGCCCAGCCCUGAGCUUCACCACAUGAACAGAAUUUGUGGGCCAACAUUUUGUAGCAUUAGUGAGGUACGGAAAGAGUGAGGUGUAGGUACCUGCAGUAACCACAGGUGUAUUAGAAACAGGGACAGCUCUGACACUUGGUGAUUAUUGGACAUGCACAGUAAUUGCACUUGAACAUACAGAGUGUAUUUGUUCUUACAGAGACCACUCUCAUUUUGUGGUGAAUAUUACUGUUUGGUCAGUGUUUCUGCAAACUGGCAAACCAGUAUAACAGCAGUGACAUAGUGGAGAACAAAUAAGGUAACAAGAAAAAAAAAGUACUUCAAGAUUGUUAUAUUAAUGAAAAUGCAUUGGCAAGGGCCCACAUUUCAUAAUAUUGUGGACAUAAUGGGCAGUGCAAAGUGAUCAUGUUGAAAAGUAAUCACUGUAUGUUGCUCUAUUGGUCAGUGAAAGUCAACUCACUGAAGGAGAAAUUGUGUUCAGUGUCAAACUGGAGGACAAGUUCUGUCUUAAGGAAAAAAAAAAUGGUUGUUAACUAUAAAUGUAUCGUAUUAAUUUGGUGGUACGUAUGGCUUACCUCAGUUUACACUCCCAGCAUUUCCUUUACUGUGUAGAGCACAGCUCAGCUUCAGUCUUACCUCAAAUUUUCAUAUUAUGUUUGAACAGGAACUACUUUUGUAAGAAAAAGCUGUACACCUGAGAAGUGAUGUAACCUUUUGAUUUUCACUAUACAGUAACUAUUAAUACCAAUAUUUGCAUUUAAGUUUUGUAUCAAGAUUGUUCUAUUAAAAGUUUUUUUACAUAAAA